AUGAGGUUUUUCACCACAACGGUGCUUGGGUUACUUGCACCCAGUCUGUGCGCCGCAACCAACCUUACCACCCCGAGUCGAUUGGAUCUCGCAUCCGACUUCAAACCCCCGCAGGUGUUCAAGAACACAAACUUGGUCAGAAACACCAACUUGGAGAAGGGUUAUGUACGGGAAACCAUUAACGUCGUUGUCGAGAAUGUCGACAACCAGCCCCAGGGCGACUACUAUGUCCCUUUCCCUGUCGAGGUGUUUGAGCUUGUUGGGGGCUUUGAAGUGAGGGACAAGAAGGCCCCCGAGAAGGGACGCUUCGAUGUGGAUGCCACUGAAGCUGUUUCAUCCAGUGGCAAUCAAUAUUUCGUCGUUCACCUUCCCGAGCCUCUGGCCCCGAAGUCGCAGAUUACCUUGGGUAUCUCGUAUUCGGUGCUCUCUUCUCUCAGCCCGCUUCCUGCGACCAUUGGACAGGCCGACAAGCAAUACCUCACCUACUCCUUCUCUGCUUACAUUCCAUCCGCCUACACCACUGUGACUCAAAAGACCAAGGUCAAGUUCCCCACCACCGAUGUGCCGGACUACACAAACACCGAUGGUCUCAAGUCUGGCUCGGACCCCGAGCGCAAGGGCGCGACAUACACCUAUGGGCCAUAUGAUACCGCCAAUGUGGCCCCCGGCACCGAGUACCCGGUGUCUGUCCGUUACGAGUUCACUAAGCCUGUUAUCACCGUUAACCUUUUGGAGCGUGACUUGGAAGUAUCGCACUGGGGUGGUAACUUGGCCACCGAGGAACGCUACUGGCUGCGCAACAACGGCUCGCAACUCACCAAUCAAUUUUCGCGUGUCGACUGGACCUUCACUAACUACCAGAAAGCGCCUACCUCGGCGGUGCGUGAGCUGACCUACCCUCUUCAGCCCGGAUCUGUUGAUCCCUACUUCAUUGAUGAUAUUGGCAACGUCUCUACCAGCCGCUACCGUCCUAGCAAGGGCAAUAACGCCGCAAACUUGGAGCUGAAGCCCCGCUACCCUAUCUUUGGUGGCUGGAACUACAGCUUCAAGAUCGGCUGGAACAACGAGCUUUCCUCGUUCCUGCGCCGUGCUGCGGGUGUUGACUCAGACUCUUACGUCCUCAAGGUCCCUCUCAUCGAGGGCCCUAAGAUGCCGGAGGGUAUUCAAUACGAGCGUGUUGUCGUACGCAUUGUUUUGCCCGAGGGCGCUCACAAUGUCCACUUUGAGACCCUUGAGGGAACCAACAGCAAUGGUCUUCCCGGUGCGAACCACAUCUCCGCUAGCCUGAGCUCCUUGCAGACCUACAUGGAUACCCUGGGCCGAACCACUUUGACCCUGGAGGUCGAUAGUUUGACAGACGAAGCGCGCGACGCCAAAAUCCUGGUCACCUACGAACACACCAUGUUCGAUGCCCUGCGCAAGCCUUUCACUCUCUUUGCCGGUAUGCUGACAGUCUUUGUCGCUGCCUGGGGCAUUGGAAAGAUUGAUAUCAGCAUCAAGAAGCGGUAA